AUGAGCGACGCCGCUUCAGCUACAGAUUUACCGACCACAGGGACUGGUGGCGAUUCGCUGACCCAAGAUCUCAAUGUACGAUUCGAUUAUGGCAGUAUGGCCUGGAUCUUCACCUCCUCCGCACUCGUCUGGAUCAUGAUUCCCGGAAUUGGUCUGCUGUAUUCAGGUCUUUCACGCAAAAAAAAUGCCAUUUCUCUGCUAUGGCAGUGUAUAAUGGCGGCCUCACUGAUUGCAUUCCAAUGGUUCUUUUGGGGUUACUCUCUUACUUUUUCCCACAAGGGAGGCGCGUUCCUCGGAAAACUCGACAACUUUUGUCUCAUGAAAGUGCUCGGCGCACCAUCAGUGGUCCCCUACGUACCUGACGUAGUGUUUUGCUUCUACCAGGGAAUGUUUGCUUGUGUUACGGGCAUUAUCAUGCUCGGUGGUGCCAACGAGCGCGCAAAAUUGGGCCCUAUGAUGCUUUACCUUUUUAUCUGGAUGACUGUGGUUUACGCACCCAUAGCAUGUUGGACCUGGGGGCCCAAAGGUUGGCUGGUUGUUUUAGGAAGUCUUGACUAUGCAGGCGGCGGGCCCGUGCACAUGAGUUCAGGCGCCGGAGCUCUAGCAUAUGCAUUUGUAUGUGGCCGUCGUUACGACCCGGAGGCUACUAAAAGCUCGUUGCCAAUGUUUAAGCCCAACUCGGUUACAUCUGCAGUUUUCGGUACCAUUUUCCUAUGGUUCGGCUGGUUCGGCUUUAAUGGAGGGUCCACGGGCAACGCGUCGAUCCGCUCGGGCUACGCGUUACUUAACACUAAUCUUGCUGCAGGAUGCGGAGCUCUCACUUGGCUUUUCGUCGACUACUUUCGGUUUGAGCGCAAAUGGACAACAAUUGGUAUGUGUUCAGGAGCAGUAGCCGGACUGGUAGGAAUUACACCUGGCGCAGGGUACGUACCCAUUUACUUUUCGGUACCAAUUGGCAUGGUGGCAGCAAUUGGAUGCAACUACGCAACGACACUCAAAUACUUUUUCCGGAUUGAUGAUGGUCUUGAUGUGUUUGCUCUGCAUGGAGUUGGUGGGUUCUUGGGCAGUUUUAUGACAGGACUUUUCGCUGCAGACUACGUUGCUGCUUUAGACGGGACUUCAAUUAAGGGCGGAUGGAUCAACCACCACUGGAAACAGGUUGGGUAUCAGAUGUCUGGAGCUGUGUCGAUUUUGGCGUGGUCCUUUGGUGUUUCAACUUUCAUACUGACAAUCAUGAAAUACAUUCCGUUUAUGAGCCUGCGUUUGACCCAGGAACAAGAAGUUCUCGGCACUGAUCUUGCGGAGAUUGGCGAACAAGAUGACUGGCUGCCAGAAAACGUAAUUUUGCCUCCAGGGUUCAAGACGUUUCAACCGGUAGAUGCGGCGACUUCUUCACCAGUGAUGGGGGUCGAGGUUGACGAAAAUGGAAUAACACCGUUACCGUACUCAACCACUCCGCCCAUGACUACGAUGGCUCCAGAUAAAGAGAAAACUCAUACGGAUUGA